AUGGCGCACGUGGCUGGGGCUUUGGAGCUGCAGAUGGUGGGGCUGGGAUUUGAACUGAUACCUGUUGGCUUCGACCAGAAUCAGUGGCUGGGUAGUGGGCACAGUUGUCUGCCACAGGUGAAGCGGAGGCUGGACCUGGAAACUGACCAUCAGUACCUGGCUGAGAGCAGUGGGCCUGUUCGGGGUAGAGGCCGCCACCCAGGAAAAGGUGCAAAAUCCCCGGGGGAGAAGUCACGCUAUGAGACGUCCCUGAAUCUGACCACCAAACGUUUCCUGGAGCUGUUGAGCCGCUCAGCUGAUGGCGUUGUUGAUCUGAACUGGGCAGCUGAGGUGCUGAAGGUGCAGAAACGGCGCAUCUACGACAUCACCAAUGUCCUGGAAGGCAUCCAGCUCAUUGCCAAGAAGUCCAAGAACCACAUCCAGUGGCUAGGCAGCCACGCCACAGUGGGAAUCGGUGGGCGGCUUGAAGGGCUGACCCAGGACCUCCAGCAACUGCAGGAGAGCGAGCAGCAGCUGGACCACCUGAUGCACAUCUGCACCACACAGCUGCGGCUGCUCUCCGAGGACUCUGACAGCCAGCGCCUGGCCUAUGUGACGUGUCAGGACCUUCGUAGCAUUGCAGACCCUGCAGAGCAGAUGGUCAUGGUGAUCAAGGCUCCUCCUGAGACCCAACUCCAAGCCGUGGACUCUUCAGAGAACUUUCAGAUCUCCCUCAAGAGCAAACAAGGCCCCAUUGAUGUUUUCCUGUGCCCUGAAGAGAGUGUGGGCGGGAUCAGCCCAGCAAAGACUCCAUCCCAGGAGGCAGCUUCUGGAGAGGAGGACAGGACAACUGACCCCGUCACCACAGUGCCACCACCAUCACCUCCGCCUUCGUCCCCUGCUAUGGAUCCCAGCCAGUCCCUGCUCAGCCUGGAGCAAGAGCCACUGUUGUCAAGGAUGGGUGGCCUGCGGGCCCCCAUGGAUGAGGACCGCCUGUCCCCGCUGGUGGCUGCUGACUCACUCCUGGAGCAUGUGCGGGAAGACUUCUCCGGGCUCCUGCCUGAGGAGUUCAUCAGCCUCUCCCCACCCCACGAGGCCCUCGACUACCACUUUGGCCUUGAGGAGGGUGAGGGCAUCAGAGACCUCUUCGACUGUGACUUUGGGGAUCUGACCCCCCUGGAUUUCUGACAGGUCCUAGGGGGCCAGGGUCUCCUGAGAUGCCCCUCCCUGUCUCUGCAGCCCUGGAGCCCCCUGCCCUAGGCCAUCCUUCCAGCCCUUUUGGAAAAAUAAUUUAUACCCUUUCUCCCAUCUCAGCAGCUUCUAGCUCUGGGGUCUGGCUGCCACCAGGAGGUUGAGCAGGCCAGGAAGGGAAGGAUUCUGUUUGUGGUGUGUAUGUGCAUGCACCCAGCACCCCACGUGUGUGUAACUGGGGUGAGUGGUGUGUGAAUAUGUGUGUGUGCAUGUACCGGGGAAUGAAGGUGAACACAUCUGUGCGUGCACUGCAGACACGCCCCAAUGUGUCCACGUGUGUGCAUGAGUCCAUGUGUGUGCAUGGGGGGCUCUAACUGCACUUUCGGUCUCCUUGCUCCAGGGGCCUUUGAAGGCCCAGGGUUGGCCGCCUGCCCCCAGAAUCCUGUGUGCUGACCUGGCCAGGCAGGGAGGCCUUGGCUGGUUGGGUUUGCAAGAGCACUUCUGUCUUAAGGUUUUCUGAUCGAAGCUUUAAUGGAGCGUUAUUUAUUUAUCUAGGCCUCUUUGGCAAGCCUGGGAAACAAGACUGGGAGGGAUGUGGGGUUGAUACCCUAACUCCCUGUACCCCUGAGCAAAGACAGGGGUCCCCAAGUGGUUCUUUUGCCCCAUCCCGAGGGAGCUGAGGCCUGAGCGAUUUAUUUAUUGGGGAAAGGCAGAAGGGAGACAGACUGACUGACAGCUAUGGGUGGAUGGAGGUGUGGUCCCUUUCCAGGGGUCACUUCAGAGCCCCAGAUGCCCUCCCCAUGGAUAUGAGAUGGGAGAGGUGAGUGGGGACCUUCAUUAACAGGGUGGGCAGGAGGGGUGGGUGAAGGGCUCCCCAGCCUAGACUGAGGGGCCCCUCCUGUGGUGUUUGAAGUGCCCCCCUACCACUUAUUGCUCUGCUCCACCCUCCAAUCUGCACUUUGAUUUGUUUCCUAACAGCUGUUUCCUCCUGCUUUGGUUUUAAUAAACAUUUUGAUGAUGUUUGG